CACAAACAGUCGGCGUCAUAUGCGGUCGACCCACUGUCAGAAAGUUGGUGAAUGGUGAUUAAUUUAGUAGAUCUUUGGCCUUUGGUGUCGUCGCAGCAUUUCGCCUUCCCCUUUCUUCACUUGGUUGCGACUUCCUUACUUAGCUCUCUCACUCCUUACUCCGAACCCAACUUCCUCUUUUACUUCGCUCCUCGGCCAAUCCUCUUAAUCAACAAAAGCUCUAGACUUUGUCUUCAACCCUCCCUUUUUUGCCGGCCAAAGAUGGUUUCUUUGGCCCGGGCUCUGGCGGUUUCCUACCCCGCCGGCUGCCCCUGCACUAAUACUCACGCUCCUCGCCGGUGGAGCUCCGCCCGGUUAAUUACUCUGAAGGAUCCUAAUUCGAGAUUGAAAUGGCGAUCCAAGGCGGCGGACUCCGAUAAUACUCCUCCUCCUCCUCUUCCUUCCACUUCCGCCGCUCCCGUUGAUGCCGCCGACUCUGCUGCUGCUGGAUUUUGCAUAAUAGAAGGGCCGGAAACGGUACAGGACUUCGACAAGAUGGAAUUGCAAGAGAUUCAGGACAAUAUUCGGAGCCGCAGGAACAAAAUCUUCCUGCAUAUGGAGGAGGUUCGACGGCUGAGGAUACAGCAGAGGAUAAAGAGCGCCGAAGUUGGAAUCUCCGAUCAAGAACCAGAGAGUGACCUCCCUGAUUUCCCUUCCUUCAUCCCCUUCUUGCCUCCUCUGACUGCAGCGAACCUUAAGGUGUAUUAUGGCACUUGCUUUUCGCUCAUCUCUGGGAUCAUCAUCUUUGGUGGCCUAUUAGCCCCAACUCUGGAGCUGAAGUUGGGAUUAGGAGGCACCACAUAUGCCGAUUUCAUCACUAGUAUGCAUCUCCCCAUGCAGUUGAGUCAGGUGGAUCCGAUAGUGGCAUCGUUCUCCGGUGGAGCAGUUGGAGUGAUCUCGGCAUUGAUGGUGGUUGAAGUAAACAAUGUGAAGCAGCAGGAGCACAAGAGAUGCAAAUAUUGUAUUGGUACUGGGUAUCUUGCUUGUGCUCGAUGUUCAAACACUGGAACCCUCGUCCUAAUUGAACCGGUUUCAACGACAGUCGGUAGUGGAGGAGACAAACCACUGUCAGCACCCAAAACAGAAAGGUGCCCUAAUUGCUCUGGGUCGGGAAAAGUAAUGUGCCCUACGUGCCUCUGCACUGGUAUGGCUAUGGCGAGCGAGCACGACCCACGAAUCGACCCAUUUGAUUAAAAAUGUGAGCUUUGCAUGGAAAGGAAACAAUCUUUUUGUAUGCAACCCAGUAAUGUAAUGUAAGGCCUUUCGGUUGCGCCUGCACUAAGAUAUUCUUCUCGUGCCACGCAACGAUGUUGUAUAUUCAUAUGGCCAUCUGGUCGAAUAGCCAAGCUGAAUCAGGUAAUGAUCUUGUAAAGAUGUGACUAAUAAAGUGGUUUCCUUUUUCCUUUUUGUUCGUCGACUGAUAUGGGUGGAUGCCUCAACUAUUCUGGAAGUGUGAGUAAUGGCGCUUAAUUCCAUGAGAUGCCCUUUGAUGAAAUCAUACUAUCUGCAGUUUACUCGACUGGAAAGAAACAACAUGGCUAUGCUGACAAGGGUUGUAAGUACAGUUCAUAAAGAAGAAGUCACAAUGAUUUAUAUUGUUCAAUCGAACGACAGGCAUGAAGCAGAUGUGCAAUCUGGAAACCCAGGGGAAUUGUAAAAUGUUCACCUGUUCAGGUGCUGGAGCAGAUGUACUCCUGGAGUUCUCGAGCGUUCAUCAAUCACAAAUCCCACCUGUAAACCGUAGAGGUAUUUAUUUGAACAGACUUCCAGGUUACUGCACACUACUACUGACAAUAGACAACAAAAUGGUUAUACCUUUGUCAAGCAACCUCGGAGG